GCGGAGCGGGGCCGGCUCCUCCCCGCGGCCGCCCGGGCUCCGGAGGCGGCUCAGCGCACGCAGCCACUGCUCUAAGAAAAAUACAUCAUGGAUAAAUAUGAACUCAUUAAACAAAUUGGAGAAGGAUCUUUUGGCAAAAUAUUCUUGGCAAAAGGAAAAAUGGAUGAUGAGCCAUGUGUUAUCAAAGAGAUCAAUUUAACUAAGAUGCCUGUGAAAGAAAAAGAAGCCUCUGAGAAAGAAGUCAUUCUGCUGGCCAAGAUGAAGCAUGCAAAUAUUGUAACUUUCUAUGCUUCUUUGCAAGAAGAGAACAAGCUAUAUAUUGUGAUGGAAUACUGUGAUGGUGGAGAUUUAAUGAAGAGGAUAAAUAUGCAGCAUGGAGUGCUGUUUGAUGAGGACCAGAUUCUCAGUUGGUUUGUGCAGAUCUCCUUGGGCUUGAAGCAUAUUCAUGACAAGAAGAUUUUGCACAGAGAUGUAAAAGCACAGAACAUUUUUCUUAGCAAUAAUGGAAGGGUAGCAAAGCUUGGGGACUUUGGCAUAGCGAGACAGUUGAACAGUACUACAGAGUUUGCCCAUACCUGUGUAGGGACCCCCUAUUACCUUUCACCUGAGAUAUGUGAAAAUCGACCGUACAACAACAAAACAGAUAUUUGGUCUCUUGGCUGUGUGCUUUAUGAGCUUUGUGCACUAAAGCAUCCUUUUCAAGGCAAUAGUUUGCAUGAGCUGGUGCUGAAGAUCUGCAGAGGGCGUUUUCAACCAGUGUCUCCCAACUAUUCCUACGACCUGAGGAUAUUGAUUUCCCAGUUGUUUAAAAUAUCUCCCAGAGAUCGACCAUCCAUCAAUUCUAUUCUAAGGAAGCCCUUCUUGCAGAGACUUGUUCUCAGGCACCUGCCUCCUGAGGUAGCAUGGGAAGAGCUCAGUCACACUGUGGUACAUAGAAAAAGGCCUUCAGCAUCUCACUCUAGAGCCAAGCAGAUACAAGCACAUAAACUUCAGAAAACAAGAGUCCAGGACCCAGUUUCUCUAGAAUCUGGAAUAGUGUUGCCUUUCAAGAAACAAGAAUUAUUUCAAAGAAAUGAAUGGAAGCCUCCUUCAAGAGUGCAACAGCCUAUUAUUCAGCCACAGUCCUCCAGAUUUAAUAUGGCAGAAAGGCCAGGAAGCAUUAGAGUACAUGGUCAUUAUGGUCACUACUAUGAGAAGCUUGACAGCUUGGAAAGGAAAGCUAAUGCACAUUAUGACCUUUCUCAUAUCAGCCAAAGAGUUGAAGAUUACUAUGGACUAAAAGGACGAGUUGCACCUCCACCACCUGACUGGACUGCAGAAUUUCUUCAAAGGCGGUUUGAAGCCCAGCAGUACAAGAUUAAAGUGGAAAAACAGAUGGGACUGCGACCAUCCUCUGCUGACCCGUAUCAUGACCAAAUACAGCAGCAGAAAACAAAGGGAGAGCAUCUCAAAAACCAUCAGCAAAACAUGUCUAGAAAGAAUGAAAUGAAAGAACGGGAGUAUUUGAAACAAUUGCAGAAAAUUCGAGAAGAAUACCACAGUGAUAUAAAAGAAUUCAGAGUUAGAGCAGGAGUACUCCAGGAGAACCAGAAAAUACAAGAUAAAACCUAUCUUGUGAGGCAAGGAAAGGCUGAGCACCAGUCUGAAAGCAAAGAUAUAUCUGGAACAGGAGAAGAGUCACUUCAGGAUAUGGAGGAAAACUUUAAACAAGUCAGACUCCAGGAUAGGCAAGACCAAAUAAUAUUAGAAAAGAGACAUAACACAAAAGGAGGAGUAAAAUUUGAAAUUAAUUUAGAUGUAUGUUUUCCUGAGGAAGACAGCAUUCAAGAAGCAGAGGUACUAGAUAAACUCAAUGAGACUUUAACUUUUGUGGAUGCUGAGAAUCUUAAGGAGAAAUUGGUGGAAGUUUAUGAAAAUGAUACAGACAGAGCUUUGGAAAAACUGUCUGACUGUCCAACAGAGUCCAUACAUGAUAUGAAAAAACCCAGAAAACAUUGGCAACCUGGAGCCCCUCAGACACUACUGAAUUUUUUAGCUGGUGCCGAUGUCACAUCUGCAUGUCCUACUAUGGCUGGAAAUGAACUCGCUCACCAUGUUAUUCUGCCUGAAGACAUCCCAGAAAACAGGAAGCAGUGGACACAGACACCACCAGAGACACUCCUGAGCAUCUUAGCAAAAGCAGAGCUAUCUGAUGAUUCUUUUAUCUGUUUUGAGGAAGACCAAGAAGGGAGAGUAACUCUGUUGCCUCCAGAAGAAAACAAGGAAGAUGAUUCAGAAACAUACUCUGCUGUUGAUGUUGAUGAAGGUAGACUUGAGUCAAGAUCAGAUGGUGAAGACACAAAUUUUGAAGAUUCUGAAGAUGAACUCAGACACGAGCUGGAGGAAUCUCUGGAAAAAUUGUCAACUUCUCCAGCAGAAGAGUCUCACAUCUUUUCAAUAAAUAAAGGUGAAACAGAUGAAGAGAAGAUGAGUUUACCUGACAAACUUGGAAAAUCUGAUGAUGAUUUAGAAAGUAAUCAUGGGUAAUUAGAUGUUGAAUCACAUGAAAAAGAAGGUUGUCAUUCUUUUUCUUUAAAGGAAAAACAAAGCAGGGUACUUUUCAGAUGUCUGCACAUUGAAAAAUCCUCCUCCACACUGAAAUGCUGUUUCAUCUAUUAUUCCUAACUGGACAUUAUUCUUAACCUGGACAUACCUGACAAGUCUUGCUUGAGCAUAUUUCUGAUUGUGUCCUCUGUUGAACCACUUUUGUAUCAUGUGAGUCUCCUAGUUUGUGUAUUUUAUUGCCCUAGAUAAAUCAACUCCUUGUUUUAAGUAUCUCUUCCAGCUUUUCAUAAUCAAUGUGUACUGCCAGUACAACUUUGUAAUCUACAGUUUCAUUACACAGUACUGACCCUAUGUAGAAACAGCAGCUGCUCAGGAGUUUUAUAUAGCAGCAGUAAAAGGGUUUAUUAGUGCCAUGAGAAUUGUGCAUUCCCCAGUUCCUAAUAAAACUUGUAGGUAUGUAGGUUCUUCCAACCGUAUUUUUCCACAUAAAAAAUUUCAUGCAACCCAACUGAAUCUUAAAUAAAGGGAAAACUACAGUCUGUAGUCUGAUUUUAGCAGGUUUUUUUCAAAGAAUCAUUUAUUUUGGAAAAUAUCUUAGAGUCCAACUGUUAAGACUGCCAAGUCCACCACUAAACCAUGUCCCCAUGUACCAUAUCUUUUAAGGACCUCCAAGGAUGGUGAGUCUACCCCUUCCCAGGGCAGUGUGUUCCAAUGCUUGACAACCUUUUCUAUGUCAAAAUUUUUCCUCAUUUCCAGUAUAAACCUCCCCUGGUGCAACUUGAGGCCAUUUUCUCCUAUCACUUGUUACCUGGGAGAAGAGACUGGCCCCACCUGGUUCCACCCCCCUUUCAGGCAGGUGUAGAAAGUGAUAAGGUCCCCCCUGAGCCUCCCUUUCUCCAGGCUAAACACCUCCAGCUCCCUCAGAUGCUCCUCACAGGACUUGUGCUCCAGACCCUUCCCUAGCUCCACUGCCCUUGUCUGGACAUGAUCCAGCACCUCAACACCCCUCCUGAACUGAGGGGCCCAAAACUCAUCACCGGAUUUGAGGUGCAGCUUCACCAAUGCCAAAUACAGGCAUUCUGUAGAUUCUGGGGAAAAAAAAUUCUGGGUGCAAAGGCUAGAAAGGUAGAAAGUCAUGGAACAGGUGAAGACUGAAAAUAUUCAAUAAAUAAAAGAGGUUGCUGAUGAAUAAAAGAACUUUUUGAUGUAGUUCUGUUACCAAAGCACUAUCAUGGUUGUGAAUCCAGAUGGUUUUUAAGUGCACCAAACUCUC